AUGCCGAGGCCUUUAGCACAACAGCCUGAGCCCUUCUCCAUCGAUGUCGAGGCUGUUAGGAAGGUGAAGCAAUCUCUUUAUCGUAUUUCUUGUCUCGAUGAAAAUUGGUUUUCUAGUUGCGAGAUAAAGAGAAAGUUGAUGGUCGGAGUUGAUCAUUUUAAGAGGGAUCCGAAGAAGGGUUUUGAGUUCCUGCAGAGGAUGCAACUUUUGCCUGAAAAGCUUGACAAGACGGGAUUGGGUAAGAGUCUUGUUGGAGAUUUCUUGGCAAACCUCGACGAAUUCUGUAUCCGAGUGCUUGAUGAAUUUGUUGGAUUGUUCGAUUUUCAAGAAAUGAAUUUGGAUGCUGCGUUGCGCGUUUUCUUGGAAACUUUCUGA